CAGUAAAAAAGAAUUACUGCUCAAACCAUAGAAAUAUGUAUGAUAAGAUGGAGAUAACGCAGUAAUUUUCUCGUUUCCCUAUAUAUAGGAGCUCCCAAAACUUGAUUUGAAAUUUGGAAGGCGGCAAAAGCGUUUGGUGCACAACAAAAAUCAGAAAGAUGAGAGAGCAUCAUGUUCAAACUCCAUUGAAGGAGCUGGGAAAUCGGCGAUCCAAAUCCAUCUCCUCCGAUCAAGCUAAGAAGCCUCCUCUCAAAACCACUAGGAAGAACUUGAAUUCUAUCUUUGAAUCACAAGCUGUAUCGUUUUCUGAAUCAUCGGUAGACAGUUCUCUGAUUUCCUCUGCUAUUUCAGAUGAUCAAAAUCUACUCACUGAAUCCGCUGCCGAGGACUUCUUGUUGAUUCCAGAAACUUCUCCUUCGUCAGAGGUAGUGGAUUCUCUUGCUGAGCUGAGUCCUUCGUCAUUAACACUAACUUCAGAUAAAUUCAAAGAAUGCACUGGUUCGAAUAACAGUAGUGGAGUUUCACAAAUCAGUGAUGCGAAAUUUGGUUUUGUUGAGGCCGAAAUGUCAGUAAAGUGCCUAAGAGAAGCUCAAGUGCAAGUGGUGAAUGCAACAGAUAUUGAUAUUCGUUAUAAGAAGCUUAUUGAUGCUGUAAUGAACACUGUUGCUGAAGAGUUCUAUGGACUGCCAGAAGACAAGGACUGGAUUAAUGCCAUUGUAUCGAAGAAAUUCCAUUUGGUUACACUGACUUUCUUGCUGUGGAUAAUUGCUGUUUUCAUCAGAUUGUUCUUUCGUAUGGGCGAAAAUGAGUCUUUCUACGGAACUCUACCUACCUAAAUAUGUUGCUAUCGCAGUGGUUGAUGGUUGCAGGUAUAUUUCUCUAUUCACCCAUCAUAUAAGGACUCUUCAUUUUGCGCAGAUGUAUUUCGUGUCAAACAUAUACGAAACAAUUAUUUGUAAUUCUGUUUUGAAUCUUCAUUUUGGCAUUCGGUAUGACUUGUGUGAACAGUAACUGUGUCGAGCGUGGAAGGUAUGUGUUAAGCAAUUUGAACACCGUGAUUAGAUCAAAUGCUUUGAUUUUGCGUGAGCUUCAUAACAUUCUGAAGCAUUUUGCUACAUAUCAGCUGCAUAUCUGAUUGUUAGCUGGGAACUAAUGCAAUUGUGGGAAUUGAAUUUGAUAAGAUGCAAGAA